AUGAAGUGCUUUGAACCUGGAGAUAACGUAGCUCAGAUCUCCAUUGGGAGCAUUGUCUCUGACAGGCAUGCCGUUCUUGCCAAAUGUCUCAGUGAGUCCUAUAUUGCUACGCUUCUCCCUGCUACCAUCUUCUGGUCUUCAGCUCUUUGGUGCUCUGCUGCUCUCUGUGAAGUGCUCGGCUUCCACCUCCUGAGGAAUUUCCACGGAGUCGUUGACCACAAAGACUGCAAGCUCAAUGUGAGUCAGCAGUGUGCCAUAUGGCAGCUUAAAAAACCUAAUGUGGGUUGGCUGGGCUGCUCCCGUUCUUUGCUCCCACAGCAGCUGCUGCAGCUGCUUCCCCGGGAGCUGGCGUCCAGGGCCGUGAUGUCAGCUUCCACCAAGUGGUUAGAUCCAUCACCUGCCACCCUCCAGGUUGGGGAGAUCUUCUCCACUGCUGGUGCUGCCUUCACAAAGCUUGGUGAACUGACAGUGCAGCUGCAUUCAGUGUUGGACUCCUCCCCUGCUGGUGCCAAGUGGACAGACACCGAGAUAGAGAUGCUGAGGGCUGCGGUAAAACGAUUUGGGGAUGAUCUUAAUCACAUCAGCUGUGUCAUCAAAGACCCGACUGCUGCUCAAAUAAAGUCUAAGGUGAAACAAAAGGUAUAUGAAGACUCUGGCCUCCCUCUUCCAACUGAAUCAUCCAAGAAGGGGCCUAAGAAGGGAACAUCUAGUGUUCUGGUUCCUGCCCUACCUGUACUCCCACCCACUGGGUCUAGUGUCCCAGAAACUGGAGGCCCUCCCCUGAAGAAGCAGAAAGCUGAUGUGACACUGAGCACCCUGAAUGACUCAGAUGCCAACAGUGACCUAGUUUACAUUGAGGUACUAGGGGAGGCACCCCCAGCCAAAGAAACUCAACUUCGACUAGGCCUGAAACUAGACUCUGGACUUCUCAUGUCCUCUGCUGAUCCUCCUUUGCUCUCCCAAUAA